GCCCUCCGCAGGAAUGUCCUGGAACAGCAAGAUGGAAACUUAGCAACCGGGCGGCCCGGGCUUGGCGCUUGCCGUGGCGGAGACGUCGGUUCGCCCCGCACCGCCUCACAUUGCCGAGCGGCCGAGAAGAGAGAGAAGGGGGGGGAAGGAAGAAAAAAUGAACGAAACUCGGAGACGCGACGCUCUCGCCCUCUAAGCGGCUCUUCGCUGCCCGGGGGGGGGGGCUCCCCCUCGGUCGAGGCUUUCGCCGGCCUAAAAUUGGUGGUUGGGAAGGGGCCGGGGGGAGUGGCCGACGCGGCGCCGGGGGGGUACGCGAGCCCGAGGCUUUGCGGCCUGGCGUCCACUCCCCCUCGAUGGCGCAGGAGGAGCGGAUGGAGGUGGAUCAGUGCGGCUGCGCGGCGGCCGGCGGGGCGGUGCCGGCAGGCGGCGGGGGAGCGCCGGCACUGCGCAGGUCCAAUAGCGCCCCAAUGAUCAGCAACAUCAGUGAUUCUUCGCCAGUGUUUCAGCCAACCUCUCUCCGAUGUCGGAGGAGCAGUGCCUCUGUGAAUCUCGGCUGCCCGAGCUUGUCUUUCCCACUGUCACCAUUCCGAACCCUCAACAGUCGGAUUGACCAGAUUAGGCAGGAGGAGAGCAUGGAUGUGAUGAACCGAGAGACUGCACAUGAAAGAGGGAUACAUGCAGCCAUGCAGAUGAGUUGCUCGUGGGAGGAUGGCUUUACACUGUGUGACCAGAUGGUGACCACUGAGCAAGAAGACAGGGUCUUCACCUUGCAGAGGGAUGAUAUUUCCCCCCUCGCCCCUUCUCCGACACGGAUCGGCAAGCAGUACUUCUCAUCAUCCCAGCCAAUCCUGAUACCCAAGGGUGGUGUCACGCCAAAUUCCUCUCCAAGUCCCACUCGACGUUUUGGAAGCAGGAGAUGUGUCAGCCCAAGUGUUGCUAUACGACCCAGUGCCUUGGGACCUCUGAAGAGGAAAGGUGAUAUGGAAGUGGAUUCCCCUCCAAAGAAGUUAUUUGUCAGUGGCGUCCCUGGACUUGGAAAUGCUGAGGCUCCCCUGCUGAGACCAUCACUCAAGCAUAGCCUGGAAAGUGUGAACAGCAGCCCCCCUCAGACUGUGCCUCCGUCAGGGCCCGAUGUUGCCGCCUCGCCCUCCGCCCCGGAGAUCGGUUUCACUUCGUCUUUCGCCUCCGUGGCUCAUCCACCUGGAAUGUGAACUGAGAGACAAUCGCCCAUAUUCCAAGCGAUGGGAUACAUGAAGCACUUUGUUAGAGGACGUUGUAUAAUAGCAUUCCUAAUCAGUAUUUUAUAGUCAACUGUAUAGUUCAUUAGUGAGAGAAAAGCCGUUAAAGAUGGCCAGUGAGUGGGGAGCAGAACUUGCGCUGCUGCCUACCCACUUGGGUUGGGACACCACAGUCCAUUGGUGGAGCUGCCCUGGCCAUUUGGGUUCAGACCUUGUGCCUGCCCGUUGUAUAUACCACUGUAUAGAUUGCUGGUGAAGACAAAUUGAGUUGUUGUGAGGUUGUGAAGCUGCACCUGCCCUCUGUAUAUAUGUGCCAAUAGGGCUGGAGACCAGGUCAAUCAACAUUGACCAUUGACAGAAUGGAACAGUGUUCUGUGUGUGCGCGUGUGCGCCCACACACACACACACACAUGUCAGAAAGCUGCAGGCGUGGGGCAGUUAUUACUGUGACACUGACUGAGCCUUACUGGUUGGUAGAAGGGCUCCAUCCCUCAAGGACAGCCUUGUUUCUGUGGUGGUCUGAGACCUCCUGGCUGCAUUGAAAGGAUGUGCAUAAAGUAACAAGACGCACAAGUGGUGUCCUCCACAUGCUUAAAAAAAAAAGUGAUGUGGCUUUUUGUUGCUCUGUUUGCUUAUAUUCUUUCUGUGAAGUUGAUUUCCUGGAUCAUUUAACCAAAAAUUUACAUAUCAUUUGGGUCUUCUGCCUUGGCCUCAUUUGUCCUGUUGAAAUUGCCUCUGGAAAAACUACAGGCAGAAUUACAAGGGUUGGACUGUUGGCUGCCAUGGCAGUGACAACCAUGUAAUCAUUGUACUGGGUACAAUAUGGGUCCAUGCCAGUUGUUUCCUGCAAUAGUUGGGUCCCCAUAUAGUGUUGCAUUAUGCUCACAGCUUACAGAGGUUUCCCUAUUGGAAUGCUAUCUUGUUUGAAACCUUGUUCAUUGCUUCCUACCUGGGAACAUUUUUUCCUACAAUGAGAUCUCUUGGUUUAGCUUGUGAGGUUCCCCUCUUUAUUACUGAAGCCAUGUAUCUUGGCACACCUGUUGUUACAGAACUCCCUUCUUCACAGUUUUCUCAUUGUGGUUGUUGCUGUACCCAAGCUUGAGAGAUGGUUCACUGUUACAGUAUUAUAAAUUCCUACCGGUUGAGUGCUGGCAAUGAAAGCAAUCGAAGGAAAGUCGCAUGGGAAGACCAGUGCACGGAGGUGCGCAAGCCACAUCGCUUUAAUGCGGUGACUGAGGACAGGAAAAUUCCCUGUGCAUGGAUUUCCAGGAAGUGAACGGCACUGCGUAACGAAGGUGCUUGCAACUUGGCAGCUUUCAAUGAAUGCAGUGGAUUCAUUCAGUGGAAUUUUAGAUUGUGGAGGUUGACAUCAGGAAUGGCUGGAAUUUCUUGACCAGUCCUGGGAAGGCUGAUCUGUCUCCUCAAGAGCAGAUGGGGCCAGUGCCAACUCAGUCUCAUGACAAUUGUUGCAACGUGUUGAACUCCAGAUAUCGGGGCGAUCUGUGGUGUUUUCUCUUUUGCCUCUUUUGUUUUUGUGGAUCACUUCAGCAGGUGGUGCAAUCACUGUUGCUGAAGGACUCACUGUGUUGCUGAAGCCCUGAUUUGCUGGUCAGACAUCAGGAUACAACUGAUGAGCAGUUAAAGACUUAAACACCACAGCACCCCCCCCCCCCCCCCCCCCCCCCCACCAGCUCUGUCUGCACCAUUUGCAGUUUUGCUCUGUAACUAGUCGCUUGUUUCUACUGCUGCCUAGGAGUGGAUGGCACCAGUUUAAAUGUUUAAAGUCUUGGGAGGUUGGUUCUCCAGCACCAUUUGAGGCUGAGCAGAUGAUUGGCAGGUAGAUCCUGUGGGAUGCUAAAUCUGAAGAACUGGCUUGUUGCACCUAUUUUGUACCAAAGCCUCUUAAGAGAAGCAUGGAGUAAUUUAAAAAAAAAAGUAAUCAAUGUUUUUUCUGAUUAUCUUGAUGCCUUUCUGUGCUUAGAUUCCAAUCACUUGCUGCUUAACAUUGUACAGCACCCUGGUGUUAUCAGCUAGUACUGUGUCAUACCAGUUAAUGUGCUGUGCCUCAAAGGGUUAAACAAGAUUAUUUACUACCGGUGGUCUAGAGAAUCACUGAAUAUGGAUGACACAAUAUAUGAAGAAAAUAAAUUGUCAUUGGUGCCAAUUUUAUAUUUUUUAUAUAAUAUUUAAUUAUAUAUACACAAUGAGAGCUGUCUGACUUCUGCCCAUCCAGAGAGGUUGGACUUGUCUAUUGUUGCCACUCAUAAUGUCAUUUGAAACAAUAAAUUUGUUAAUUGCUAGGA